GAGAACUCCCUCGCGGCUCGGGGUGUGCGAUGGGAAUAACCAACGCUGCUGGAGCCGGGCGGAGAGCAGCACCCCCGCCCACACUUGGGCCAGCGAGGAGGUGACUCAGGACCUUCGAUCCUUUUUUCAUCCUUGGGCGCUCUGCCCUUCGGAUAAGUCUAGACUUGCAGCGCAGGACUGACGGGAGAGGAGGGGCGGAGAGCGUCAGGAGCCUACUGAACUUUUGAGCCUAAGUUGCAGAGAUAACCCUAAACACCCUUUUCCCCACCGCUCACUCCAGUCUUUAACCUAGAACUUUGUCGGAUGCUGCAGACAUGAUGGGAGGGCAGUCCGCUCACCUGGGAAAGCGAAACCUUGGGCAUUUUCCUUUCCCUCUCUGGCCUCAGUUUCCCUUCUGGUAGGGGAGGUAUUAAUAGCCUCUCCUGUUCUGCUGACUGCUUCAGAUCCCAGAACCUAGAAACACUUUGAUGUUUAACCUACACCCCCAUUCUGACCUGACCUAUUCCGAGGCACUACUUUGCUUCCCAGGAAGGCUGCAAGGGCCAUCAGCCACCAGCCUUCCACCUACCCUUCCUUCAACAUCAGGUUGAAAGACAAAAGCUAAUACAUGAGUCAAAAAUGGAGUGAAGGGAGGGAGGUUGACCUUUUCUCCUCUUACUUUUUAAAUGACAGUUUGUGGAUGGUAGAGUCCAAAUUAGAUUUCUUCUUAAUCAUAACUCCUGGGUCAACACAGGUGAUGCACUUAAGACUUCUUGCAUCCUUUUGAAGAGCAAAGCUGGCAUGGGCACUAAGGAUAAUUCCUAAAGAGGGCUGGGUCCUCCCUGAAAGUCCCCUGGCGGAAACAAGCCCUAAGAGAGGUUCUGUGGGAAUAACCCCGGAGGGAGGGGCCUGACCGGAGGUUACUCCUGCUCAUGGUUUUGAAGUCAGUGGUACACAGGGGAGGCAGGAAGUGUCUCCCACAAGAGGAGCAGCAUGUGCAGGACCUAUGCAUGAAAACAACACAGGUGGUCAGCAUGGUGGACUGUCAGAUGCAAGGUCUUGAGGGUGGUGAAUUGGAAUUGAACUUGAGGCUGGGAAGGAAGGCAGAGGCCAAAUCACCAACGCCUUGAAUGCCAAGCUGAGAAGCUAUAUUUGAGCCUGUAGGCCAUGGAGAGCUCCUGGAGGGUUUAAACCCAGCAGGGUGGGGUUGGUAAUUUAUGAAACCCUUCUCUGGCUUGUGGGUGGUGCUGGAGGCUGGGAGACCAAUCUGAAGGCCCAGUGCUCCAGCCUCUUAGAGUCAAAAGGACCUGGAUUUUACUCUCACUCUGUUGCUUCCUACCUCUGUGGCCUGGGACAAAUAACUUCCUUAAAAUGUGAGGAUACUAAUUCCUGCUUCACUGAUCUGGUGCAUUAAAUAAGAUAAUGAAUUACAUGUGCAAAUAAAUGAAAAGUGGUUUGUAGUGUGUAUUACAUUGUGCUGACAUUUGUUGGAUUGCACGGACAAUAGAAGGCAGGGACAGCUUUGACUCUGGUCCUGAACCUGAUUUCACCAGUGGUCAGAGCCCUAAGCAUCCUGCAAGGUUGCACCAAUUAUGUUUCCCACAAAGCAGGAGGAUGCUUUCUGUCCAUGACAUUUCAUUCAUCUGACUUCUCCCGUUCAUGUGGCCAGGCCUCAUGCAGGCAAAGAGGUAGACACAGAUAUAUAGAUGGCCACAGAAGUGCCCCUUGACAGGGGCAGCCCAAGGGCCAUGGGAGCUCACAGUGUGGGUAGCCUUUCCUAGAUGAGGGGCAGAUUGGACUGGGAAAACUUCACAGAGGAUGGCUUUUUUAAUCAAACAUACGAGAGUUUGCUGGUAGACAGAAGGGUAUCUUUGUUUUCAUCAGAGGGAACAGCCUGUGCAAAAAGGCAGGUGGCACUAGAAGAGUCAGUCCUCUGGACUGGAAAGCUGUCUUCUGUGAGAUGGGUUUAAAGAGGGAGCUGUGGUAGGGUCCCAGUCUUCUGUUGAGAAGUGCCUUCUGGUACCCAGCAUGGCUGGCAGUUGGAAGCAGGGCCAGGAGUGAGGCUGUUGCAGCAGGCCUCCCGAGCCCGACCUGGACAGGUGGAGGACUGCCCAGCUUAGGGAUGAGGGAGAGGGAAGACAGUGACCCCACCUGCCCAGGGGGAGCUACAGAUUUGAUGCUCAGCCCUCGUUCUGUCACAGGUAACUCAACAGCUUCUGCCUGCUCUGGCCUCUGUGAUUUUUCCAGCUAACCCUUCCCAGUCUCUUGGGAGUGGCUGGUCAGCACCUUGUAGCCACACUGGGACCCUGGAUGGUGCGGGAGAGAGGAUCCAAGACCUCUGGGAUGAACUGUGGAAUCCUCUCCAUCUUCAGCCCCUGCCUUGCCUCAGAAUUUGCGGGUAUCACAGCUCCUUUUUUUACCCCCUGGUCCCUGAAAUCACCCACCGGGGACAGGAAGCAACAUUCAGUGAAUACCAGUGUGUGCCAGGCUGGGUCUGGGUCUUGAUUUUGCCUCAUGUAAUCAUUACUGCGACCCAUUGGGACCAGCACUAGGAUUAUCUCCAUGUUACAAAUGAGGACUUAGAGGGGCGAGGGCACAGGCAAGCCUGAGCAGUGAAGGCCCUGUAGGGUUGGAACCCAGACUGCCUAGCUACAAAACUCCUGUCCUCUGCCCCAUAGCGCCUCCUCCUGUGUCCAUGUACGCUGCCUCAGAUUGAUGAGAACUUGAAAAUCUUCAGGAAGAAGACAUUGGAAGGAGAAAAUCGUAUUGGGAACCUUGCCCAUCUCCCUGUAGAUUAUUCUCCUGGGAGCUGACAAAGUGGUUGGAGGGCAGGACGUUUCUGAACCGUCCACCUGGGGAUUUCCUUGGCAUCAGCCUGAGUGAGCUCAUGACUGAGGGGAGUGGAGUGAGAGGCAGUGUGGCAUUGAGGAACAGCUGGUCGAGACAAAGGCCGGUCUCAGCCCCCACCAUGCCGUGGCCCCUGCUGCUGCUGCUGCUGCUGCUGCUACUGGCCAUGGGCAGGGCCCAGACAACACGGCCAUGCUUCCCUGGGUGCCAGUGCGAGGUGGAGACCUUCGGCCUUUUUGACAGCUUCAGCCUGACUCGGGUGGAUUGCAGCGGGCUGGGCCCCCACAUCGUGCCGGUGCCCAUUCCUCUGGAUACAGCCCACCUGGACCUGUCCUCUAACCGGCUGGAGAUGGUGAAUGAGUCAGUGUUGGCGGGGCCGGGCUACACGACGCUGGCUGGCCUGGAUCUCAGCCACAACCUGCUCACCAGCAUCUCACCCACUGCCUUCUCCCGCCUUCGCUACCUGGAGUCACUGGACCUCAGUCACAAUGGCCUGACGGCCCUGCCAGCCGAGAGCUUCACCAGUUCACCCCUGAGCGACGUGAACCUUAGCCACAACUGGCUCCAGGAGGUCUCAGUGUCCGCCUUCACGACCCACAGUCAGGGCCGGGCACUACAUGUGGACCUCUCCCACAACCUCAUUCACCGCCUCGUGCCCCACCCCAGGAGUGCUGGCCUGCCCAUGCCUACCAUUCAGAGCCUGAACCUGUCCUGGAACCGGCUCCAUGCUGUGCCUGACCUCCGAGACUUGCCCCUGCGCUACCUGAGCCUGGAUGGGAACCCUCUGGCUGUCCUUGGUCCGGGUGCCUUUGCAGGGCUGGCAGGCCUUACACACCUGUCUCUGGCCAGCCUGCAGGGGCUCCCCGAGCUGGCGCCCUAUGGCUUCCGGGAGCUUCCGGGCCUGCAGGUCCUGGACCUGUCAGGCAACCCCAAGCUCAACUGGGCAGGAGCUGAGGUGUUCUCAGGCCUGGGCUCCCUGCAGGAGCUGGAUCUUUCAGAUACAAACCUGGUCCCCCUGCCCGAGGUGCUGCUCCUCCGCCUCCCGGCACUGCAGAGCAUCAGUGUGAGCCAGGAUGUGCGGUGCCGGCGCGUGGUGCGGGAGGGCGUCUACCCCCGGAGGCCUGGCUCCAGCCCCAAGGUGGCCCUGCAUUGCGUAGACACCCGAGAAUCUGCUGCCAAGGGCCCCAACAUCUUGUGACGAAUGGUGUGGCCCGGGGCCACAUAACAGACUGCUGUCCUGGGCUGCCUCAGGUCCCGAGUAACUUAUGUUCAACGUGCCGACACCAGUUGGGGAGCCCACAGGCCUAUGUGGUGGCAUCACUGCAGGAGUCAUGGACCGAGGAGAGGCUUUGGACCUAGGACUCACACCCAGGAGCAAAGUCUCACCCCUUUGUCUACAUUGCUCCCCCAAACCAUGAGCAGAGGGACUUCAAUGCCAAACCAGACUCUGGUCCCCUCCUGCUUCCCCCCACUUAUCCCCCAAGUGCCUUCCCUCAUGCCUGGGCCGGCCUGACCCUUGACAGGCAGAGGGUGGGUAAGACCCUUCACUGCAGGGCAGAGUACAGGUCCACUGGGCUGAGUGUCCCCCUGGGCUCAUGGCCCGGUCACUCAGGGGCAUGAGUUUCUUUUCUGACACAGUCCUUUCUUUGCCAUGGGCCCCUCAUGAGGCCCACUUCAUCCUUUUCUAUUUCCCUGGAACAUUAUGGUAGAAGAAAUUGCAAAGAAUCAAGUCCACCCUCCUCAUGUGCCAGAUGGGGAAACUGAGGCCUCGAGAAGGAAAAAGUCUAAUCUGAGUUCCUGUGGGGCAGUGGCAUGACUGGAGCCCAGCUUCCUUCCUCCCAGUCCCAGCCCAUUGCACUUUCUUGUCUCCUCUAAUAAGCCCUUCCAUUCUCACCUGGGCUCCUCUUGCUGCCCUUUCCCUUUCCCCAUUAGCCCAGGAGUAGCAGCAGCAGGACAGGCAAGAGCCCCACAAGUGGGACUCUGGGCCUGGCGACCAGCUGUGUGGCAUGGGCUAAGUCACUCUCCUUUGGUGCCUCUGGUAGCUUAGGGCACAUCGAAUCCAGCCUAGCCAGUUUCUCACCCUGGAUUGGGGUCCCCCAGCAUCCAGACUGGAAACCUACCCAUUUUCCCAAGUAUCCUCAAGAUGCUCCCCCAAGGAGCUGCUGCAGUUCCGGAGAGUACCUUGCCAGGAGCUUGGAGGGGCCUCCUGGAUUCAGUCCCCACUGGUGAAAGCCCUUCUCACCCUCCCAGGAAUGCCGUGAAAGGAGGCAGGGUCUCCCCGACCCAUGUUCUCUACCCCCAGGGUAGCAUCUCAGCUUUCCAGCCCUGGGCUCUUUGCUUAGUCUUCAUUUUAUAAAAGUUGUUGCCUUUUUAAUGGACUGUCACUUUCAACCCACAUCCCCCACCCCUGCUGGCAGGGGAUGGAGACAUGUCAUUUGUAAAAGAAGAACAAGGUUGCAUUUGUUCAAUUUUGUAAUAUUGUCCUGGGCCUGUGUUGGUGGUGUUGGGGAAAGCUGGACAUCAGUAGCCUCGUAGGCAUCAGGGGCUGGCCCCACAGAGACCCCACAGGGCAGUGAGCUCUGUCUUCUCCCACCUGCCUAGCCCAGCAUCUAUCUGACUGGUCCUUGAUUUAAUAAACACUAUAAAGAGUU